CAUUCAUUUAGCGUGGAAUAUUAGUUUGGACUUGAGAGUAAUGUGUACUCGUCAAUGAAAGAGAGCGGCUUUCUGAUCCUCAGUUUAAAAACCAAAAAUAAAAUAAAAAUAAAAUUCUCUCUCCAAAUUAAUUUCUCUUUCUUCUCUGCCCCCAAUUUGAUUUCCGUCAUUCGAUCCUUCUUCUACCUUUAUCAACUUGAACUAUAAACCCUAAAAACCAAACUACCUCAGCCUCCGUAAUUCCUAAUUUUUCUGAUUCCUAAUUCCUAUCCCUAAUUCCUAAUUCCUAAUAUUAAUUAAUAAAUUCUUAAUAACAAAAGUACUUCUAGCUGAUUCAGUUUGACCAAAUUAUCGGCAUUGAAAUUGUCAACAACCCUUUCUUCCUUAUCGAUUUUGUAUUCUAACGCCAUCAUCGUCGUCAUCGCUCCAUCUCUUCUUCUAAGGACUUCCAGGGUUUGGGUUACGUUCAGAGGAUCAUCGUCAGAGGAUAGAGAUGGAAUCGUCUGCUGCAAUUUCCGACACCCACAGGGAAAGAGAUAGAGAUAGAGAUAGAGAUAGAGAUAGAGAUAGAGAUAGAGAAAGGGAUAGAGGGACAUCCGGAAAUUUAAGUUCAAGAAGAUACAGGGUGCACUUCUCGGCUGCCAAUUUCAUACGUUCUCCGAUCUCAACCCUUUUGGAGUAUUCCGGUAUCUUACGUCCCCGGGUGGGCUCAACUACGUCCCAUGAAACAGACUCCCUUGUCAGACCUACCUCUCCUCCCCCCAUUCUAGAUUCAUCUAAUAACAUCAGUGGCGGCAUUGGAGGAGGCGCCGGUGCUGGUGGUGAGGUUUCUAUUCGCAUUAUUGGUUCGACUGAGCAUGACCAUGACAGAGUAGACCCCGCUAUCACCUCUUCCAACAACUCAUCUGAGGUUUCUAUCCCUCCUGUUUCCAUUGCCGUGUCCUCUACUACGCCUGCUGCAGCAGUGGAUGCCCAAGAUGAUCCAAACAUUGGGGACUCUCUUGCGGGGGUUUCAAACUACUCUAGUUCUAGUGCUGAUGCUGAGGCCGCUGCUGAUGGUGCUGUUGCAAACAAUCGUGAUGCUAAUUAUCAACGUUACGACAUUCAACAGGCUGCUCGCUGGAUUGAGCAGGUUCUGCCUUUCUCCUUGCUCCUGCUCGUUGUUUUUAUUCGCCAACAUUUGCAAGGUUUUUUCGUGACUAUUUGGAUUGCUGUUUUUAUGUUCAAGUCAAAUGACAUCCUGCGUAAGCAAACUGCUCUUAAGGGAGAGAGGAAAAUGCCAGUUCUGGUUGGUAUCUGUACUUUGUUCACUCUUCAUGUUGCUGGUGUUUACUGGUGGUAUCGAAAUGACGAUCUUCUCUAUCCACUGAUUAUGCUUCCUCCAAAAGAGAUACCUCCCUUCUGGCAUGCUGUUUUUAUCAUCAUGGUCAAUGAUACCUUGGUACGCCAGGCAGCUAUGGUUGUUAAAUGCCUUCUCCUUAUGUAUUACAAAAAUAGCAGAGGAAGAAAUUACCGUAGGCAGGGACAAAUGUUGACUUUGGUGGAGUAUUUGUUGCUUCUUUAUCGUGCAUUAUUGCCAACUCCAGUUUGGUACAGAUUCUUUCUGAACAAAGAAUAUGGAAGCUUCUUUUCGUCAUUAAUGACCGGAUUGUAUUUGACUUUUAAGCUCACUUCUGUUGUUGAAAAGGUUCAAUCAUUUUUUACGGCAGUCAAGGCUUUGUCACGCAAAGAGAUCCAUUAUGGGGCUUAUGCAACAUCAGAGCAGGUUACUGCAGCAGGGGAUAUGUGUGCUAUUUGCCAGGAAAAGAUGCAUGCUCCUAUCCUACUUCGUUGUAAACACAUUUUUUGUGAAGAUUGUGUGUCAGAGUGGUUUGAACGGGAAAGAACAUGUCCUUUAUGCAGGGCAUUGGUGAAGCCAGCGGAUCUAAAAUCUUUUGGUGAUGGAUCAACUAGCCUAUUUUUCCAGUUAUUCUGAACAAGGAGUUUCUUUUCUUUGAAUUCUUGCUUCGUUGAGAAUCCAAUUAUGAAGCAUUCAUAACUAAAAGAUGGUGUGGUUAAUGCUGCACUGCUGGUUGUCUACAGGAAUCAAAGUCUCAAAUUGACACAUAACUUGACAGGACCUUUGUUUAUAUGCUGUAUUAAAAAACUAUCUACUUGUAUCUAAGUUAGCUCGUAAAUUUGUAGAGAUUAGAUUCAAAUGAUGUAUACAACUGUGCAAUCUUCAGUAAUGGACGUUUUCUGAAGGAA